GAGCGGGUGCGGGGCCCCCGGAGGCGCCGGCGGAGCCCGACCGCGACGGCCCCAGGGAAGAGGACGAGCCCAAGCUGAUGCCCGGCCCGCAGGUAGGAGCGAGCGAAGCGAGUCCGGUUGCUCGGGCGCUUUCACCUCCCCAGAGCGGGGUCGGGACGGGCUUGGGGAUGGACCAUUUCCCCCUUCAGGGCCGGGGCAGGAGUGGAGGCUGGAACCCUCUCUCCGAAGCCGAGAUUCGGGCGGUUCUGGUCUCCUGAGACCAGACUGCCUGACCCCUCCUGCCGCCUCCGGGCUGGAACAUAGGCUGCACCCACACUGGGACUGGACAGUGAUCCCGAGACCACAGCUCAGACCUCUGUCCUUCAGCUUCCCCGUGCCCACCUGCUCCCCCACCCACUCACCCAGGGGCCGUCUCGGGGCGCUGGGGCCUGGAAGGCUGCAGCCUCUUCUCUCUCUCCCCCGGGAGCGGCUCCACCCCUUUCCCCUCACUGCCUGCAGCCACUGCCCCCUCAGCAGCUGUGUCCCCAGCACAUGUCUGGUGGGGCCUCCCUCCCUUCCCUGUCCAGCGCAGCACUUGAAGCAGACAGCCAGGUUGCUAUCUAAUGGGGCUCCUGCACGGAGGUGGAAACCCAGCAAAGCCUGCCCUUUCUCUCUGCUGUACCCCUGAUCCACGAGGCUCCCGCCUCUUCCCUUACAUCCCUGGGUUUGGCGAAUCCCGGUAAGAGUGAGCAGUAGGAGGAUUCACCAAAGCUUCCAGCUUGCCUCCUGGAAGAAGGUCACUUUCUUUUGAGCAAAGGAGAAAACGGGAGAGGCCCGGGUGGCAUGAGCCACAGUUGCUCUGGGAGGGUUUUGGCACCUGGGGCUGGGUGGCUCGCCCUAAGCUUGCUCUGACAAAAGAGUUUUGAGUUGGUCUUUUGGCUGAGCCUGCCAAGGAAGGCAGGCUCCUGCAGGAGUCUUGGAGGGUCGGAUGCGGCGCCGGAUGAGACUGAGGCGUGGCGGAAGAUGCGUUUGGCUCUGCAGACACUGCAUCGGGCAGCAGGGGACUCUGGGAGGCUGGUGCAGCCAAGAAGGCAUGGCUCUUGACAGCCUUCUAGUAGAAUCUCUGGAAUUGUGCAUGACAGAAGAGGAAAGAAACUAACGGGUAUUGAGCACCUACUGUGUGCCAGGCCCAGGCCAGGUUCCCCCCACCUCCAGCCAGUCUGUGCAGACCUGUUGCCUGCUGUGUCAUCGGGAACGCAAAGGCUGGGAAGAAGGUCCUUCCCAGAAUGGACUGGUGUUGCAGGGUGAGAAGCUGCCCCCUGACUUCAUGCCAAAGCUCGUCAAGAAUCUCCUAGGCGAGAUGCCUCUGUGGGUCUGCCAGAGCUGCCGAAGGAGCAUGGAGGAAGAUGAAAGGCAGACAGGUCGAGAGCAUGCAGUGGCGAUCUCCUUGUCACACACAUCUUGCAAAUCACAGUCUUGUGGGGGUGACUCUCAUUCCUCUUCGUCCUCCUCUUCAUCAUCCUCGUCCUCGUCCUGCCAUGGGAACUCAGGGGACUGGGAUCCCAGCUCAUUCCUGUCAGCACAUAAGCUCUCGGGCCUCUGGAACUCCCCACACUCCAGCGGGGCCGUGCCGGGCAGCUCGCUUGGGAGUCCUCCUGCCAUCCCCGGUGAGGUUUUCCCCAUCUUGGAGCACCACCGGCACGCAGACCUCACUGCUCCACCCAACAGCCCCACUGGCCACCACCCCCAGCCAGCAUCGCUGAUCCCCUCUCACCCUGGAUCCUUUGGCUCAGCGCCUCACCCGCACCUGUUGCCUAGCACCCCAGCAGCGCCUUUCCCUGCCCAGGCUUCGGAAUGCCCUGUGGCUGCUGCCGCCGCCCCCCACUCCCCAGGGGCAUGUCAGAGCCCCCACCUGCCCUCCACCAGCAUGCCGCUCCUGAAGAUGCCUCCACCUUUCUCGGGGUGCGGCCACCCCUGUAGUGGGCACUGCAGCGGACCCUGUGGUGGGCCCUGCAAUGGGCCUCUGCUCCCAGCACCGAGCUCGCAGCAGCUCCCAAACACUCACAGCAGAGACUCUGGGUGCAAGGGACACAAGUUCCCACACAGUGGCCCGGCCUGCCCGCUGCCCCAGCCCUGCGAGGCAGACGAGGGUCUGGGUGAGGAAGAAGACAGCAGCUCGGAGCGCAGCUCCUGCACAUCAUCCUCCGCCCACCAGAGAGAUGGCAAGUUCUGUGACUGCUGCUACUGUGAGUUCUUCGGCCACAGUGCGCCACCCGCUGCCCCGACGAGUCGGAAUUAUACCGAGAUCCGAGAGAAGCUCCGCUCAAGGCUGACCAGGCGGAAAGAGGAGCUGCCCAUGAAGGGGGGCGCCCUGGGCGGGAUCCCUGGGGAGCCCGCCGUGGACCACCGAGAUGUGGAUGAGCUGCUGGAAUUCAUCAACAGCACGGAACCCAAAGUCCCCAACAGCGCCAGGGCCGCCAAACGGGCCCGGCACAAGCUGAAAAAGAAGGAAAAGGAGAAGGCCCAGUUGGCAGCAGAAGCUCUAAAGCAGGUGAAUCGUGGUGUUUCCGGAAACCGGGAGCAGAGGCCCACCAGGGAGAAGCUUUUGGAGUGGCCGGACCGGGAACUGGAUCGGGUCAGCAGUUUCCUGAGUGGCCGUCUACGCGAGAUCAAGAACACCGUCAAGGACUCCCUCCGCACUGGCUUCAGUGCGCAUGAGCUCAGCACCGACGGCAAUGGCUUCUCCAGUGAAGGGGCUGUUGAGCCAGAUCCCCAGAGCCUACCCCCCUCGAACCUCAAUGGCCCCUCAGAGCAUCACCCUGACAUCAACCUGGACCUGUCCCCUUUGACUUUGGGCUCCCCUCAGAACCACACGUUACAAGCUCCAGGCGAGCCAGCCCCACCAUGGGCAGAAAUGCAAGGCCCCCACCCACCGUGGACAGAGGUGAGGGGCCCCCCUCCCGGUAUUAACCCCGAGAAUGGGUUAGUGAGGAGACUCAACACUGUACCCAACCUGUCCCGGGUGAUCUGGGUCAAGACACCCAAGCCAGGCAACACCACCUCUGAGGAACCAAGCCCAAAGGAAGUCCCCAGUUGCAAGGAGGAGCUGCCUGAGUCUGUGGCCUCAGGUGGGAAGCCACGGAAAGGCAAAAGACAGGGCACUCAGGCCAAGAAGAGUGAGGCAAGCCCAGCUCCCCGACCCUUGGCCAGCCUGGAGGCUCCCAGUGCCAAGGGCCAGAACCCCAGCCCCAAGCAACCAGGCAAGGCCCCAGAGCCUCCCAAAGUGGGCAGCUGUGCGGAGUUCGGAGAAGGAAGCCGGGGGAGCCGGCCAGGACCAGGCUGGGCAGGCAGCCCCAAAGCUGACAAGGAGAAGGGCAGCUCAUGGCGAAACUGGCCAGGUGAGGCCAAGGCACGGCCUCCAGAGCAGGAGUCUGUGCAGCCCCCGGGCCCAGCAAGGCCACAGAGCUUGCCACAGGCCAAGGGCCGCAACCGCCGCAGCCGCAACAAGCAGGAGAAGUCGGCCUCUUCCUUGGACGAUGUGUUCCUGCCCAAGGACAUGGAUGGGGUGGAGAUGGAUGAGACUGACCGAGAGGUGGAGUACUUCAAGAGGUUCUGUUUGGAUUCUGCAAAGCAAACACGUCAGAAAGUUGCUGUGAAUUGGACCAAUUUCAGCCUCAAGAAAACUGCUCCCAGCACAGCUCAGUGAGCCGCUGCCAGGUCCAGCUUCUUCAGGGUGUCCAACUGCCAGCUGAAGGUCUACAGUUUCUUCCUCCUCCACAUCCCUACUCACCUGCCGAAGACCCUCCCAGCUCCCCACCAUCCCAGACUGACCAAAAGCUGAAUGGAUGCCAUGCCGAUCUGGGGCCCCUCAGGACCGCCACAGAGCCGCCUCCUGGUGCUACACAGCCUCCACACUCAGAGCCUGGGGGCUGGGCUGGCCUGUGGGCCGGGGGAUGACGGUACUGCUGGCCCAACACUGCUCUCUGUUUGGUUUUUUGUUUUUGUUUUAUUUUUUUUAAUUCUUUACUUUUGAUACUGUGAAGAUCUUUCCUGCGAAAGAUAAAGCAACAUUUGGACACAGA